AUGCAGCCAGCAGCUGACGGCUCGCAGAGUAGCGACCACAUAUCCAGAGUCCUGUCAAACGUGGACACUUUGAGGGAGGUGACAAGUGCCAAAGAUGCAGAUGAUGCCCUUGAGGUUGUGGCUGGAAAGUUGGACACCAUGAGGGAGGACGACCAUCAGCCAGUCCUGGAAGAGAGGCAUGGAAGGCAGAUAUUGGAUGCCUGCCUGGAACGAGGCUCCUUUAAUUUGGCAUUAUCCAUUUACGAGGCGAUGUGCACAAGUUCAAGCACAGGGCCAGAGAUGGCCACUGGAGGCAGCCUGUUCUUGAGGUGGCCAAGGGCAGGAGAAGAGUCCACUGCUGCACUUGUUGUGGGGUUGUGCAGGCUGCUGCGGGUCGCAGAUGCCAUGGAGGCCUUGAAUGGUGUGCAGAGGCAGGGAAUGCCCAAGUCAGAUGAGGUGCCAUUUGGGCAUGUUGUUACCUGCCCAGUGCCCCCAUAUGCACCCCUGGGAGUUGUUCAGCCACAGGAGGGGGUGAAAACUGUGGCCUGUGCCAGCAGCCGCUAUGAGUUCGAGCUGUUCUCUGGCACUGUCGUUGAGGUGUCUUCUGAGGUGAUGCCAGCUGCGGGCAACCUCCUGCUCAUGGCCAUGAACACAGUGCGGGUAUUUGGGAAGCCUGUGGGUGCAGUCCAUGAAGUGGUCGUCCGGACGCCAGCCGGCUCUGCCAGGACUUUCCGCUUUGGGACCGAGUUGACUGAUGUGCCAGCACAGAAGGGCAAUCGCGUCACUGUGGUCUGUGCGCCAAGCCGCCCAUCAGGGCUGGCAGGACUGGACCAUAACCCAGCAGGCACCAGGCCUGGGGAACCGAUGGCCAUGUCCAACCAUUCCACCGGGGUGACAACAGAACUUCUCCGAGCACCUCCCAGAGGCCAAACACCCGGCUUGCCAGGGUGGCUGCUGCCAACUGCGAUCGUCCUCGUCGGCACUGAUGCUGCCAGCUCGCUGAUUGAUCCGAAGUUCCCGCUGCUGGGGGCUGCAGGUGUUGCGGCACUGCUGGCUGCCGGAGUUGCAGGCAAUCAGGUUCUGCUUCCGAAACUGAAGCAGCUGCCAGAGGGGUCUUUGCAGUUGGAGACUGUGCAGCAGAAACUGCUGGGACAGCACCAGGAGCUGCAGGCCAAGAUAGGAAGCCUUCUACAGGGCUGUGAAGAAGAUAUUCGAACAUUGGCCAGGCUGUGGCAGCUAAGAACAAAGAUGGCCUCGGUUGGAACAUCAGGCAAGUACGAUACACGGCUGGAGCGCACAGAGCAGGCCUGCAGCAAUCUAGAAGCUAGGCUGAGCAGCAGAGUGAAGCUCUUGGAUGGCUUCUGUAGAGUGGCCAAAAUGAUUGAGAUAGAGGUGGAGAUGGAUGCUGAGGUGCCAUCAGCUGAAGUUCAGGGAAUCGUACAGCAGAUAGAGCAGCUGGAGGACCUGGAAAGGAUACAGAGGGAGAUGGCUUAUCAAGUGGAGGCACAAGAGGAGGUUGGCAACCAAUGA